CCCCACUUCCGGGAAACUCGCACGAUGCUUUGCGGCAAGAGAGGCCACUUCCGGUUCGUAGAGCAAGAUGGCGACGCCGGGAAAGAGGCCUGAGAGGAGUGGGAGCCCGGCUGCCCCCUUGGGCUUCGCGGGUGAGGGAAACCGGUGGGGGCGGGUCUUUGGUAACGCCCUGGCAGUAAUACCAGUUAAGUUCUCUGAAAAGCACCAGUCACCUCACUUUCUCUAUGUGAAGGAACACAAAGUCAGGGAGGACAAAGAUCAUAACAGACCUCAAAACAACACCCUUUUUGUUCUGAAUGUCCCUCCAUAUUGUACAGAGGAAUGUUUGUCAAGACUAUUCUCUGGCUUCGGCUCAGUACAGUCUGUUGAGUUGUGUGAAAAGCCAAUGCUGGGAGAAAAAAAGAAACCACCCAAAACCAAAUUCUUUGGUGCAACAAAACCUUUGGGCUUCCAGGUUGCUUAUGUGGUCUUCAAGAGUCCUGCUGGAGUGCAAGCUGCUAAAUCUGUAUCAACAGAUGAGCCCCUAGUGAUAUCUUCUAAUAAGCAUCCUGUGCAAACAGGCAUUCAGAAGUGGAUUGCCAAUUAUGCAGCUUUAAUUGUGAAUCCUGUUGAAUUGAAAACAGAAGUGGAUGCUUUCAUGCAAGCCUAUGACCAAAAGAUUGCAAAGGAGGAAGCGAAAGCUGAGAAGGAAGACGGUGUCCCAGAUGAGGAAGGGUGGGUGAAGGUGACAAGGAAAGGACGGAGGCCGGGGCUCCCACGGACAGAGGCAGCCAACCUGCGAGCAUUGGAAAGGGAGAAACGCAAGAGAGCCCGCAAGGAGCUACUCAACUUCUAUGCUUGGCAGCAUCAUGAGACCAAGAGGGAACAUAUAGCCCAACUAAGGAAGAAAUUUGAAGAGGACAAGCAGAAAAUUGCACUAAUGCGUGCCCAGCGGAAGUUUCGGCCAUACUGAGUUGCAGAGCUGUUCCUAAAAGAAUGGUAGCCACAGGAAAAAACUGUCGAGAGGGUUUUGUGAUAGUACAGGAAGUCAGAUCAGAUAUCCCCUUUUUCUUCAAUAUUUCAUGGACUGUGACAGAGCAACUUGGUCUUGAAGAAAUGCAGGCUUCUUGUUUGAUAAAGGCAUGUAAUGCUGAUAGUUCUGAAAUUGAUAUUUGAGUGAACUAAUUCUUAUUCAUCUAGUGCUUUCCACAAAGCAUGAGCGCUUCAAAUACAAUUUUCAGGUGUUGUAAACACAUACCUUUGAUUGUAAAUACAUUUUUACAUGUUACAAACAUAA